AUGCUGUCAUAUGCAGGAAGAGCAACGUUGAUUAGAUCUACUGCCCUUGCCAUCCCAGUCUACGUAAUGAUGUCCUUCCAGCUACCAAAAACCAUGUGUAAUAUCAUUGACAAGAAAGUUCAUAAUUUCUGGCUGCACUACUCCAAGCAUGGACUCUUCACAACAAUUCUUGCAAAUUCAAUAUGGAAAUGGAGGAACAGGAUUUUGUUCCAACAGAUUUUACCUGAUCCUCAACAAAUCCUUCAUGAGAUUCUCCAAACCUUUGAGGAAUUUAUGGCUCUAUCAGAGAACAACAGGACAUCAGAUACUAAUCCUACAGUGUCUCUGCAUCAAAACAAAUGGAAGGCUCCAUAA